AUGCAAGAAGAAUACAAAAUACUGCAAAUGAAAGGACUGAAGAAGAACAAGAAAUUGCACGUGAACAGCGCCGCAAUAGUAUGGCUCGACUUCGUGCUUCUCAAUCACGAGAGCAAAGUGAAGCAGCCCGUGAAACAGCUCGGGUCCCCGUGCUCCACCUCCACCAAGAUGACCAGGCUGGAUGAGCCCGCGUCGGCUACACACCUCCUGUCAGAAUACACAGAACAGAGAUUAAAAGUUGGUCCAGACCUCCGCAGCGCCCGCAAGGUGAAGCAUGUUAGCAGAACCAAAUCCCCGCUGGAGGCGCGGCCGCCGCAGCUCGAUCUAGCUAAGCCGUUCUUCCCGCUGCUGCCGCACUACAUGGCGUCGCCGAAGCCGGGCGCGGCGGACGAGCUCAAGUCGCUGCUGCUGAAGUCGGCGCUGCAGUCGCUGGGCGGCGCGGCGCGUGCGCGGGGCGGGGCGGCGGGAGCGGGGCAGGGGACGGGACCGGCCGACGGGGAGGACCGCCGCCGCCUGCACAAGUGCGACGUGGCCGGCUGCCACAAGGUCUACACCAAAAGCUCGCACCUCAAGGCGCACAAGCGGACGCACACAGGCGAGAAGCCGUACGUGUGCGCGUGGGCGGGGUGCGGGUGGCGGUUCGCGCGCUCGGACGAGCUGACGCGGCACACGCGCAAGCACACCGGCCACCGCCCCUUCGCCUGCCCGCUCUGCCGCCGCUGCUUCGCGCGCUCCGACCACCUCGGCCUGCACAUGCGCCGACACUAGCCGCCUCGCGCCUGCACGCGUGCGUUCACGUACGCAUGCGCCGCUUACCAGCAACGUGCAAUACGUGCCUUCUUAGCCAGUUACAGAUGUGUGUGCACCGCCACUAGUCGUCCACCCCUAUGCAGAUAUACAUACGUCCCUAUGAAGCAAUGCAAAUGUGUGUGCACCGCUACAUAAUAUCCAGCUACAUCAUACAAUAUACUACAUGCAUGCGGCGUCACAAAAUGGGUUUUCCAUAUCGUAUAAAAUACGAUUCGAGAGGAAGAUCGUUCUCUUUUAACCUUAAAGACAACGCAAUUGUAAGGGAGCUAAUAACUCUCAUGUCUAUUGUCUAACCCGGCUCGGACACUUUUUAAACUAGCGUUAAACAAAUAACGAAUCGAGUGCGCUUUAGUAUGUACGGCGAAAUAAAAAUAUUUGAGAUUCUACACUAAACGAAGUCAUAUGUUAUCCUUCGGUGCUAAGAUGUGCCAAAAUAAAAUAAAAAUUAGAAAAAAAAAUAUUUUAAAUGGUUAGAUUACAGCGAGUACUUGUGUAACGACUACACUUGUAUUUUGUAAUUUUUGGAUCUAUUUGUGAUAUUAUCCUGUUUGGGGUCUAACUCGUCUCUACCCAUAUAAUACAGAGAGAGGAAACACUGGAAUUGUACUUAAACAUAGAAAUAUAAUAUUUAUAUGAGUAUUAAAUGAGAUAUAGAUAUAUAACUUAUUAUUUUUUAGUUUGUAAGGAAAGAGAAAUUUUAUGCUCAAAACUAUACAGGGCGAGAGUGGCAAUAAUAGUAAGUAAAGAUAUAGGGGGGUUAGCAGGGACGAUUGGAAGCU